AUGCUCGGUCCGUCGACGUCGGGGCCCCGGCCGCUGCCGACGUUCAUCGCCGCACUGUGCCUCCUCAUCGCCUCCUCCUCGGCCCUCGCAGGCAGCGGCGGCGUCUGCUUCGACUCGUGCUCCAACACCCUCAGCCAGCCGCAGUUCAAUGACACGCAGUCGUACCAUGGCGGCAAGCCGUCCAGGUCCGAGUUUAUCACUUCGUGCGUCAGCCAGCUGCACAUCAAGUCGCUGUACCUCUGCGCCGACCUCCACUGCGACUUGACGCACCGUGUCGCUGGCCUGAGCAACCUCAACCACACGUGCCAGGCUUACAUGAACACCUCGCUGCCGCCCUUUGACAUCGUCGCCGACUAUUCCAGUGAGGACAUUGCCGGCUUGCGGAGGCUGACCAAGGCGGAGGGAUCUAAUACGUCGACUGUGCUGAAUGAGGUGGUGUUGCCCGCGGAUGCCUACUAUCAGAUCUGGUUCGACUCUCUCGAAUCUGUCGAGUACACGUACGGCAAUCACUACAGAUAUGGUUUCUACGUGAUUGUCUUCUGGUUCAUCGUAGUUGCCAUCGGUCUGGGGUCUCGCCUAGUAUCGGCCAUUGGAAGUCUUCAAAAGCAGGAACUGGAUUCACGAAAGUCGCCCAGCAUCCUUCACUGGUCCGCCCUCUGGCUCAAGCGAUACAUCACCGUCCCUGCCACCUUUGGGUACCGUUGUUCUCAGAACCUCGGCUGGUGCACGAUACCGCCACGCAUCCAGAGUCUCACCAUAGUUGCCUUUGUUGCCGUCAAUGUCUUCUUCUGUGUUCACGGGUACUGGAUCUUCCCCGGCCACAUGUAUUGGCCGCAGGUAUACCAUUUGGUCUGGCGUUAUGUAGCCGACAGAACCGGCAUCAUCUCGUUCGCCAACUUCCCCAUCAUCUGGCUCUUUGGUAUGAGGAACAACCUUCUCAUGUGGCUGACCGGCUGGGACUUUGGCACGUACAACAACUUCCACCGCUGGGUUGCCCGCGUUGCAACGCUACAGGCCGUGAUCCAUUCUGUCGGUUACGUUGUCCUUGUCUUUGAUGAUGGUGACUGGUCGUACUGGAUGUCGUAUUGGUCACAGAUGUGGUGGAUUGAAGGAUGGGUUGCUACCGUUGGCAUGGUUGCCCUGCUCUUUGCUUCCGUGUUUUGGAUGCGACGGAAGCAGUAUGAGCUGUUCCUCAUUCUCCAUAUUCUAUUGUCAAUCCUCGUCCUCAUAACCAUGCUUGGCCACGUUUCCAUCUUUAUGGGCCAGUUCGACAUACUCUUCUGGGUGCCUUGCUUCAUCUGGAUCGCUGACCGCGUCCUCCGUAUGUCGCGGACACUGUCCUUCAACCUCAAGUUCUGGAACACCUUUGCUCUCGCCACUUACGACGCAAACUCAAACAUCGUCCGCAUCAACGUCCCAUACUCUACUAGCUUCUACGAGCCGAAGCCCGGCAGCUACUACUACCUCCACGUCCUCAGCGACAAGCGAUUCUGGGAGAGCCAUCCGUUCACCAUGGCCUGCACGACGACAAACAUGCACCUUCGGAGGAAGUCGUCCAGCGAACAGACGCCGCUGCUCGUCGCAGGAGAGCACGACAUAGAGCCCCUUUCCGAGGUUGGGUACGAGCCCAGAAGAGGCGAGCCCUCCAUGACUUUCCUCAUCCGCCCCUAUGACAGCUUCACCGGCCGCCUGCGCGAGGAGGCAGCUGCACAAUGGCCUCGGCCUGCGCGCCUGCGCGUCCUUAUCGAAGGACCCUACGGUCACAAGCAGCCCUUUAACCAGUUUGACGACCUGCUUUUCAUCGUCGGAGGCAGUGGCAUUGUUGUGCCGCUGGCGCAUCUCGCGGAACUCACCAAGGCCUCGUCAAGGACUCGGUCGAUUAAGAUUGUCUGGGCCGUCCGCGAGCUGAGUUUCGCUGUGGACGUGCUGCGUCAAGACUUUGAAGACCCUUUUGAGGGUGGCAAGUUGUCUGUCGACAUUUACAUCACACAACACAGCCUCGCGUCAAAUGCUGCCCGGCCGGAAGAGUGGCCGGAGCAAGUGCGUUUACUCCACGGGCGUCCUGACGUUCGUGAGGAGGUGCAAGAUGCCGCGACGGGGGCCGACAAGGCGAGUCUCGCUGUUGUCGCGUGCGGGCCUAGUAUUAUGGCUGAUGACGCGCGGCAGUCAGUCGUCGAGAUGUUGGGCCGUGGGUGGUCGAAAAUCGACUACUUCCAGGAGAGCUUCAACUGGUGA